CACUGUAUAUAUUUAUAUGCAUUUUACAACCUAACUAGUUCCGUUAUUUCCUAUAUUUAAUGGCUUGAAGCAAAAGUUGUAAUAAUUCAUAUUUGGUACUCAUGGAUACAGAAAACUCGGCGAAGAGGAAGCAGCUGACCGAAUGGAAGAGAUUGAUGCAGAUGGUGACUAUCAAAUAACUUGGAAGGAAUAUCUCAAAGAUAGCUUUUCGAUGGAGGAUGAAGAAGAAAAGAAAGAACUAAUCGAUUUCGAUAGCUAUGAUGAGGAGAAACAAAUGCUUAAAUGUGACAAGGAGCUUUUCAAUGCUGCCGAUUUGAAUAAGGAUGGUGUACUGGACUCCAAAGAAUAUGUUCUCUUCUAUUCGCCAGAGGAGCACCCGCAAAUGCUGCCCAUCGUGCUGGAGCAUACUCUCCGUGAGAAGGAUACAAAUCACAAUGGUGAAAUAGAUUACUCCGAAUUCAUCGGCAAAGCUGGGCAAGAGAGAAGUCGUGAAUGGCUGGUGGAAGAAAAAGAUCGCUUCGAUCAUUUGGAUGAGAAUAAAGAUGGCCUAUUGACCGGUAACGAGGUCCUCAAUUGGGUAGUGCCGAAUAGUGAGGCAAUCGCCAAAGAUGAAGUUGACCAUUUAUUUGUAUCAACCGAUGAAGAUCACGACGAUCGCUUAAGCUAUUUGGAAAUAUUAAGUAACUAUGACACUUUUGUGGGCAGCGAGGCGACGGACUAUGGCGAUCAUUUGCAGAAUAUAAACCAUUUUCUUGAUGAGCUGUAAUGAGGCGCAGUUUUACUUCCAAGCACUUAAUGCCAAACCCGUGGAAAUUAUUUGAAACGAAACGUACAAUAUUUGAUUUUAGUAAUUCAUUUAGAAUAUUCGAAGCCCA